UCCACCUCUUUCUCUUUCAAUCCUCUCCUCCUUCCUACAUCCUUCACUCCCUGUCUGCCUGUCAGAAGUCCCACAUAUCCCUAGAGGAUAAGAUGCCAUGGAGGCCACAGGAAGAACAGCGCUUUACAUCUGCUCUGUUCUCUUCAUCCUAACAGAAGUCAGCUCUGAGUUCAUCCACAUCCCUUCAUUAGUCCAUCAUGGUAUUGAAGGGAAGUCCCUGCUCCUGUCUGUUGAGACUCGCUUCCCGUUGGAUGAAGUUGAGAUCCAGGGAACUUGGUCCCAUACCAGACCGAGCGGCACCAGAGCCACGUUAGUGACGUUUACUAAAGAGGCCACGAUCACUGACAUGAUGUUCCGCAACCACCUCCUCUUUAGAGAACCCAAUGUUUCUUUACUAAUCUGGAAAUUACACCAGGACGAUGAAGGGGAUUACCAGCUGAACCUCAACAUAGAAUUUCAUAACAAGACAGGACUGGUUAUCAAGGAGGAGAGAACUGUGCAUGUAACAGUGGAUGUCCCUGUGUCCACUCCAAUCAUUGAGAAGAACCCAUCAUAUGCAGUUGUUGAGGACAAGGCAAACGUAACCUGGACUUGUUCUGUCGAGAGAGGAACAAGAGUUGUGUUCCAGUGGCUAAGGGACAACAUCGCACUAGAUCCCAGUGACAGAUACCACUUCUCCCAAGACAACUCAACAUUGUUAAUCAGCCCUGUGAGAAAAGAAGACAAGGGAAUUUACCGCUGUGUGGCCAGCAACCCUGUCAGCCAGGGUCGGCCCAGCAGGGCCGUGGAACUCAAUGUCUAUUAUGGCCCCUACAACCUGGAGGUGAACUCGGGCCAGGGCCUGCGGACAGGAGAAGUGUUCACCAUCAACCCUGGAGAGCUGGUCUUCUUCGAAUGCCAGGCUGAUUCCAACCCACCCAACAGCUACGUCUGGAUCUCUAAGAGCCACAACUCCACCCAGGUCAUCACUGAGGGCCCGCGGCUGGAGGUGCGCUCCUACAGACUGGCCCAGGCUGAAGAGUACCUGUGCCGCGCCUUCAACAACGUGACGCAGAAGCAGGACGAGGCCCAGUUUACUCUGGUGGUGGCCAGCUUAGGAACAGGGAAAGAGAAGCACACCCAGGAGGGCAGCUCUGUAUCCCCUCUGGCAGCCAUUACUGUCUGCUCUUUGUUCAUCAUCGGCUGUAUGCUGCUGUUCUUCCUCAGAAGAACCUGCCAUCCUAAGAGAGUGCUUAUGAGCAUUUACAACAGACCGCUUUCAGAGCAGAAACGGCCACAUCGCUCAGGUCACGAGGAUGCAACAGAAGACUUUGGCAUCUAUGAGUUUGUCUCCAUUCCUGGGAAAAUGGAAUCUGCACAGGCAUCGUGCAGAUCUCUGGCUCGCCUGGAGUCAGUUCAAGAUAUGCACACCACCAUCUACGAUGUGAUCAGACAUGUUCCUGAAACCCCGAGUCACAGUUAGCUGAAGUAACUUCUAGCUGGAGAGUUGAAAUGUAACUUAGACUCAUUUCACUUGAAGACUCCUGUGUAGCUUUAUUCUCUUAAGUCCCUGAAACGCUGGUUUUGGUGGCCCACUUUUUGCACAAGGGAUGAAGGAGACUUGUGUGAGUACACAACCUGAUUGUGCACUGUUAUUGUCCAGAGUUUGGGACAGAUGUUAAAUGUCUUUUGCUGACAUUAUUGUGAGAUGAACGUGUAUGUGUUUCUUGAAUAAUUUUUUUUUAUAGUAGGCCUAUAGUAUAAAUGAAGUUGAAACUGUUUUGCCUUUUCCGUUCAAAAACAAAGAUCACUGGGAUCAUAUUAAACCAAGCAAGUUAGUAAUAGCCAUUUUUACAUUGUUUUGAAUAUAAGGUACCGAAAUUCCCAUACAUUGAUUACUAUUCAAAACAUAUAUUUAAUUUUCAGUACUAAGGUUCUAUUUGCCAUUUAGAUAAUAUCUUUCUAAUUUAAAAUUCCCACCAAAGAGAGUCUGUUUUGUGAGAAGACAAGUGUUAUAAUUAAUUCAUUUUCUUGUAUGAAAUACAUGCAGGUGUAAAUAUUGUACAUGGAUUAUACUGCAGAUUCUUUAUACUUAUUAUUCUAUUUCUAUGUUUUGCUCAAAUCUAUUUAUUCCUAUAGAAAGACUUAACCCUCUUUCCACAAAUGUAGCAUUUCUUCUGCUCAACAUGGAUAUAAUGAAAUGCUGAAACAAGGAAAAUGAUCAAUGAUCAAUCAAAUUAUUGUACAGUUUGCAUUCACAUGUUCGUUUUGUACUUGUAUUAAAGAUAUAACUGUUUACUA